CACUUCCUGCCCCUUCUGAUGCUACAGUGCGGCAUCCCAGUGCGCUCUCGAGUCAACGUGUGAACAAUCGGGACGACCACUCCGCAUCGCCCUGUGUGUUUAGGCUUAAGCUUCCACGACUGGACGCAGGUCUUGAAGCAGGCGCGAGCGCCCCUCUUGCCUCUGUAAACCAGCCCCCCGCGCCGACACGAUGGGCUGCUGCAUGGCCUCCCGCCAGGCCGUCGCGCCCGAGGACCACGAGUUGCAGGCCGGCGGGCGAGGAGGGAAAGACCAGGUGGCGCCGAUCAUCACCAUCUCGUACUGCUGGGACGCGCGCGAGCAUCCCGACCCCAAUGGGGUGCAGCUGAGUUUGGUGAUUGACACCCUGGAGACAGAGCGCCACAAGUACUCCACAGCCAAAGGUGACUUCAAGGGGUUCAGCGAGAUGGGGAUAUUCUGGGACUGGCCCUCGCUGCUGCAGGGAGACCCGAUCAAGGCCGAGGAGGCGAAGGCCGCCGCCCUGCGGCAGGGCAAGACCGAGAAGGACGCGCAGGAGGCCGCGGACAAGGCCAAGCGGACCCCCGCCGAGAAAGCCGCCUUCAAGCACGGGCUGGAGGAGACAAUGGACCUCUGGUACGCCCACCAGGCCACCACCGUGCUCCUGCUCACCCAGCACCCCCGCGAGCGGGGCAGCGCGCGCAAGGAGGGCUACGACCAGUCCGGCUGGACGACGUACGAGCGCUGCUCCGCGGAGCAGAUCAAGCAGGUCUGGCGCUGGGAGGCAAGAGUGGGCCGCCGUGGCCGACCUGGGGCAGGGGGCGCGGGCGGAGGCGGCCGGGAGGAGGUGGCCGGUGGGCCCGGACGAGUUCGACCGGCUCAUCGAAGACAUGCACUUCACCAACGGCGCGGACAAGAAGGCGGUGAAGGCGCUCUUCCGCCGGAUGAGCCGCGCGCAGUUGGGCGGCGUGACGAGGCUGGACUUCGACGGGAUGCCACCCCCGACCCCCGAGCAGGCCGCGGGGCUCGCCAGCUGCCUGCGGCUGUGCGCCCGCCUGCAGAAGCUGGACCUGCGAGGAUGCCAGAUCGGCGACGGGGGCGCGCGGGCCCUGGCGGGGGCGCUGCCCUCCCUGCCCGGCCUGCAGGAGCCGCGCCUGGGCGGCAACAGAGGUCCGCACGAGAUUCGAUCCGGGUCGUUUCAAUUCGGCGAAUCGCAUAGCCGC